AUGAUUGCCAGUGCUGCUCCUAUCGCCGAGAACUGCACAUUGGAAGCUGACUACGAUGUCAUCGUUGUCGGUUCCGGACCUGCUGGUCUCAUUGUUGCCGACCGCAUGAGCGAGGCUGGCAAGAAGACUCUUCUUCUCGAGCAGGGUGGACCAUCAUACUAUGUUACCGGGGGACGUGAGCGUCCUGGUUGGUUGAACAGCACUGAGCUCAGCCGUGUCGAUGUUCCUGGUCUUUACAAGUCCAUCUUCUCGGUGACUGGCAACCUAACAUGUGCGUCCGACGUUGUCAAUGCCUUCCAGGGCUGCACAGUUGGCGGAAACACUGCCAUCAACGCUGGUCUCUUCUUCCAGCCCCCAGCAUCUGACUGGGACCUGUACUUCCCCGCUGGAUGGAAGAACUCUGACAUGCAGAGUGCGAUUGCAAAGGUCCACGCCAAGCAGCCUUCUACCGAUAAUCCGUCGGCCGAUGGCAAGCGCUACUUGCAGAGCGGUUUUGAUGCCGCUAAGGAGUGGCUCGUCAAGGGUGCUGGCUAUGCUGAGGUCGGCCUGAAUGACGGUUGGGAGAAUCACCAGAAGACCAAGGUCUUCGGUCACCCCAUUUACAACUAUGAUGGCGGCCAGAGGAGCGGUCCCGUCAAGACCUACCUCCAGUCUGCGCUCCAGCGCCCCAACUUCCACUUCCAGACCGGAACCAAGGUUGUUCGCGUCAUUCGCGACGGUCAGACAGCGACUGGCGUCGAGAUCCAAAUCAAGGGCUCCAACACCACCUCCAUCGUCAACAUCGCUAAGAGCGGCCGCGUCGUCCUUUCUGGUGGUGCUCUUCUCAGCCCUCAGCUCCUCAUGUGGUCCGGUAUUGGCGAGGCAGCCACCCUCCGCAACCUCUCCGCAUCCGGUCAGCUCACACUCCCUGCAAGCCAGUGGAUUAACAAUAGCGCUGUUGGUGAUAAGGUCUUCGACAACCCGAACACCUUCAUUGAGCUCUUCUCUGACUCCGUUUCCUCUUACACCUACAACUACACCGACCCCAUCCCCGCUGACCGCGAUCUCUACCUGAAGUCGCGCUCCGGACCUUACUCUUUCGGCUCGCAGACCAGCGCUUUCUGGGACUUCAUCAAGCAGGGCAACGAGACCGUCGGCUGCCAAGGCACCAUCGACUCCUCCGGUGCGGUCGACUUCAUGGAAAACGGCACCAUCACCCUGAACGUAUACGGAACCUCCGGUCUGCGCUCCUUCGGCCGCGUCGGUCUAGAUGCCAAGGGCAUCGCCACACCCUCGUCUGGCUUCUUUUACUCCGACAAGCGGGAUGCUCAAGCCGUUGGUCAGUUCAUUUACAACAUCUUCCAGGCCCUGCCCAAGAACCUGAAGCCAUUAAAUAUCGCUGGUAACUCGACGCUUGAGGAGAUUACCACUUGGGUCAGCUCGCCUUCUGAUUACACUCUGGGUAAUGUCCAGCACUGGUCCAGCAGUUGCCGCUUCGAUACUUGCGUUGACACCAACGCCAAGGUCAUUGGCACCAGCAACAUCCACGUUGUGGAUGCAUCCAUCAGCGCUCCUUUGACCACUAACCCGGUCUUGGGUACCAUGAUCAUUGCCGAACGUGCGGUUGAGAAGAUCCUUGCUUUAUAA